GGAGCGGCGGCCAGUGCAGCCGCGAAUUCCAGCGGCGGCGGCGGCACCUGCCGGCCGAGGUACGUGGCGCAGCCCCCUCCUCGGCCGAGCAGGGACCCGCGGACUGAGGGCGGCGGCGCCCUGUCCUUGUCCCCGUCCACGUCCCCGCUACCGCCUGGCCGAUCCGGACUGCCCCGCCCGGCCCCCGGCGGCAGCGCCCUGGACUCUGUGCCCCCGAAUGCGCCGGGCGGGGUACUGGGCAGAGGGCAGUGGUCCCGGGCCUCGCAGACCGGCGGGCACCGCGCCCGCGCAGCAAUGCCAAAUGAUUACAACACUGUGAGACUGAGAAGUAAUUGCUCAAGGCCUUCCCUGGAAUGGUACACCUAUGCUGAGAAAAAGAUGAGAAGACCCAGCUUGCUAUUAAAAGACAUCCUCAAAUGUAUGUUGCUUGUGUUUGGAGUGUGGAUCCUUUAUAUCGUCAAGUUAAAUUACACCUCUGAAGAAUGUGACAUGAAAAAAAAGCACUAUGUGGACCCUGACCGCAUAAAGAGAGCCCAGAGGUACGUUCAGCAAGUCCUGCAGAAGGAAUGUCGGCCCAGAUUCGUGAAGAAGGAGAUGGCGCUGCUGUUUGAGCGCAGGUACAGCGUAGACUUGGCGCCCUUCGUGGAGCAGGGCUCCAGCGGCAGUGCGGCCAGAGAGAACUACGAUCCUCCCUUCGGAUUCCGCACUUUCUCCAGUGAAGUGCAGUCCCUCCUGGAAAUACUGCCCGAACACGACUUCCCUGAACACUUGAAAGCCAAGAGCUGCCGGCGCUGCGUGGUGAUCGGAAGCGGGGGAGUUCUGUACGGACUAGAGCUGGGCCAUGCCUUGAACCAGUUUGACAUUGUGAUAAGGUUAAACAAUGCACCAGUGGAGGGAUAUUCUGAGCAUGUUGGAAAUAAAACUACUAUAAGGAUGACCUACCCAGAAGGCGCCCCGCUGUCUGGUGCUGAGUAUUAUGCCAAUGACCUGUUUGUCACUGUUCUAUUUAAGAGCGUUGAUUUCAGUUGGCUUCAAGCAAUGCUAAAACGUGAAACCCUGCCAUUUUGGAUGCGACUCUUCUUCUGGAAACAGGUGGCUGAAAAAAUCCCACUAGAGCCAAAACACUUUAGGAUUUUGAAUCCAGUUAUUAUCAAAGAGACUGCCUUUGACAUCCUUCAGUUCCCAGAGUCUCAGCCAAGACUCUGGGGCCGAGAUAAGAACAUCCCCACAAUUGGCGUCAUCGCCGUGGUCUUAGCCACGCAUCUGUGUGACGAGGUCAGCUUGGCAGGGUUCGGGUACGACCUCAGUCGACCCAGAACCCCUUUGCACUACUUUGACAAUCUGUGUAUGGCUGCCAUGAACUGGCAGACGAUGCACAAUGUGACAACGGAGACCCAGUUCCUCCAGAAGCUGGUCAAAAGGGGCGUGGUGACAGAUCUCAGCGGGGGCAUCCACUGUGAGUUCUGAGCAGGGCAGACAGCCCUGGGAAGUACAGGGGACCGAGGACCGCUCUGAACUGUCUGCUGGAUGCAUUUCGUCCUGUGAAUCCUUGGAAGUGCAGCUGGUGUUUUUAACUUUUAAUUUAAAGAAAACAAUGACAACCUUUAGCUCUUCCCACUUUUUUCUAUUUAUUUGAAGACAUUACGUGUUUUUUGCACAUUUUAUAAGUUAAAUUUAAGAAUGAAGCUGGAAAUACUUUCCCAAGAGAACUGUAUGAAAUAAUGUUUAAGAAAGUAAUUUAAUCAGUAAGAACUCUGUAGUGUGCACACUGAGCACCAGGUAAUGAAGUAGGAGGCGAGGGGGCGCACCCCUUCCUUUGAUGUCACUGAAUGCCUGAUUGGUUCUUUCUGUUCUGUGGGGGAGCCCAAGGAGGUCACUGGGCCACUGGCAGCCAUGGGAGACCUGGGGCCAGUUGGACAGGUUCAAGGCCCCUGCCUGGUGGUCUGCUCUCAGCCAGAGGACUUGCAGAAUCAACCAGGGGAGAUGUCCUGGUGACCCCUGGUCCCCAAGCAUCCGGAGUACUGUGAUGCUGCUCCAGGCUGCAGAGGCCACAGUUAUCUUCCCAGCAACUGUGAAGGCCCUUAAAUUUUUUCAGAAUUUUUUUAUUGCCCUCCCAAAUCAUGUAAGUAUUCUCUAAGGUGUUCUGUUAUCUGUCUGAUGUAGUUUAAAAGAUGAAGACAAAAUCUCUCUUUCUAGCAUCAAGGGGAAUAAACCCUUUCCGGGAAUAAUCACGUUUUCUAAAACACUGAAAUCCAAUCCUUCCAGUGUUGUAAGUUGCUCAUUAAAAGAAAUCCCAGAGUUUUGAAUGCCCACCUGGCCAUAUGUGCCAGGCAAUAUGGUGGUGCAGGAAAAAAAAAUAGAAAAGGAAUAAUAAAAGCUUUGAGGAAUUCU